UGGCCGCUUCCUCUCACGCCGUUGCACCAGUGGACCCGCGGAGGCCGACCACAGCGCCCCCUGCCGUCGUCCGCGCCUUCCCAGUCCAAAGAAACCUGACGACUGACCUCGGAGGCAUGAUCACCCUGCUGUGUCAGGCUCCCAGCAACAUGACCAUCUUGGGUGUAAGGUGGACCAGACCGGACCUGAACCCGAAGCACGUCCUCUCUCUGCAGGACGGACAGCUGGACCUGAUCAACCAGCACCCAUCUUUUAGGAACAGGGUGGAGCUGGUGAGCAGGCAGCUGACCAAUGGGGACCUGUCUCUGGUCCUCAAGGACGUGAGAGCAGGUGACAGGGGCACGUACGAGUGUCGCUACAGAGGGAGGAGAGGGGCGGUCAGUGUCGAGUCAGAGCCCGUCAGCCUCAUCAACCUCACGGCGUCACAGUCAGAUGACGCGACCAGCCGCCAGGCCAGAGGCCACACGGCAGUGAUAGUCACCCUGUCAGUGAUUGGUGUGGUUGCUCUGUUGGCCGCUGUCGUUGCCGUGGUGAUCUCCAGGAAGUGUAGACGACACAGUCCACAGCAGAACUGAGGAGGGCUUCACCUCACUGACUGCUCCGGGCACCGGCUGAAUCAUCUGUCAGUGAUGCAUGACGCAGUCGAGAGGUGUUGAGUGUGUGGCUGUGACGAGCAGGACCCGAGUCUGAGCCUCUGGAAACCUCAGCGUGGGAACGGUGAGCGGCCUCAGGCUGCACAGGGACUGCAUGUCUGUGUCGUCUGUGAGCGCACGGACUGCAGUGUCACCUGGUGUGGCCAGCGAGACGGACAGGAAGCUCUGAUACAUACAGCGGUUUGUUUACAUGACCAUGUUUUAAUCACUCUGUAAUUAAUGUAAAGUUUUUAUAAACAAAAUGUUGAGUUUGUGCUGUUUUAUAAAAGAGAAAUAAAGUUUACUAGACC